GGAACUCGGCAGCCCUAUGCCUCGCUAUUCACCAUUAAUGCACUCAUCAAGAUAGCAGCAAGAAAGGGGAAACGUCAAAAUCUUGCUUUGGUGGUGUCAGUGAGUGUUUGGACAUAGUGACGGUGUGUGACAGAGACCAGAGAUGGCUGCCAGUAAGAGUAAGACCCAGAGUUCUCUGGCCUUGCACAAGGUCAUUAUGGUGGGGAGUGGUGGCGUGGGCAAGUCCGCCCUCACACUGCAGUUCAUGUACGACGAGUUUGUGGAGGACUAUGAGCCCACCAAGGCAGACAGCUACAGGAAGAAGGUGGUGCUAGAUGGAGAGGAGGUCCAGAUCGACAUUCUGGACACGGCUGGACAGGAGGACUAUGCUGCCAUCAGAGACAACUACUUCAGGAGUGGAGAGGGCUUCCUGCUAGUCUUCUCCAUCACAGAACACGAGUCCUUCACAGCUACUGCAGAGUUCAGGGAGCAGAUACUGCGGGUGAAGGCAGAGGAGGAUAAGAUUCCUCUGUUGGUUGUGGGGAACAAGUCUGACUUGGAGGACCGCAGACAGGUCUCUGUAGACGAGGCCCGAGCCAAGGCAGAGGAGUGGGGGGUGCAGUAUGUAGAGACAUCAGCUAAGACACGAGCCAACGUUGACAAGGUAUUCUUUGACCUAAUGCGAGAGGUGCGAGGCAAGAAGAUGUCGGAAAACAAGGACAAAAACGGCAAGGGAAAGAACAAGAAUAAGAACAAGAAGAGUUUCAAAGAGCGAUGCUGUUUACUCUGAACCCAACAUAGACCUUUACAACACAAAACACCACAAUCUAUUGUUACUCUGAGGAACCAACCAGCUCAGAAUCACAUCAGAACAUCCAUCCUCACAUUGAGUCAAAAGUUUUAGAUUUGUUUUUAAUCUGGCCAUAGUAGGUUUGUUUAGCAGGUAUGGGGUUAGUUCCAUUUCAAUUCUGUCAAUUCUGUAAGAAAACUAAAAUUCCAGUAGCAAUUUUGUUCAUUGCUUUUCAAUAAGGGAAAUUGGAAUUUCAGUUUACUUCUAGAAGUGAAAUGGAAUUAACCCCAACCCAGGUGUUUACCAUGUUCUCAACCACUGUUUUUGCAACUAAAACUUAAGGUUAGAUAGCCUGACUGUUUAUUGUUUUUAAUGGAAGGUGGCCAUUGUUCUGCUACUCUGUGACUUGAUCUGCAAUGCCUGACCGCUCCCCUGAUAAUGACCAAACUGCCUCCAACACUAACUUCAGUCUGCUUUGAUCUUGUGCUAUCUCAAUAGAUCUGUCCUUUAUGAUCAACUUAUGAUUAUACCAUUUAUUUUCAUCAAGAAUGGUCCUUGGGACAUUUUUGUCUAGAAUGGGAAUGGAUCUGUGAAUGGGGAUUGUUUCAGUCAAGCACAGAAAUGUAGCGAAACUCAUUUCAAUGCUUUUCACUGAUGUCUAUGUGGUCAUGGACAUCACCACUAAUCUGUGUUUCUUAAUG